CUAUAGAUUAAACACUACAGAGAUGAUAUUUGUAGUUAAAGGCUGAACAACUUGUCAAACUGAACAUGCUACACAAGGCGUGCCUCAUGCCCAUUGAUGGCAACAAGAGCGAAAGAGAAGCCCUAAUUUGCCACCAUACGACUGAUCAUGCUAUAAGGCUACGUGUCUCAUUUUCACAUAAAUGAUAUUGAAAGCACAUUGUUCAGCUUUUAAUAUUUUAUUGGUAACACUUGAGUGAGCGUGAACAAUGUUGAUACACAUGUAUUUAAUCCUUUCAUAUAUUUAGGUGGCCAAGCUGUUUAUUGCCCUGUUUGAUUUGAAUUUCAUUGAAAACUUAGCGUCUCUCGUCUCAAAGGACGUACUCUAACCUCCCCUGAUCAGAUAAAAUACACUGUAGUAGUCGAUGUGUGCUCAUUUCCAUGGUAGAGCUUUUCCGACAUUGCAUUUUAGAAUUUAGUGAGAUUAAAAUUACAUGAAACUUAUUAGUAUUAGACAAGUCUGAUGGGUUUUUGGCUAGAAAUGAACUCCAUUUCACUCUCAUAUUACGCUAAAAGCUUGUACUUUAACCUCAAAGUUCAAAGUUGUGUCAAUUCAAAGGAAUAAAAUAAUAAUCAUUGUGUUCCCUUCAAAUGUGCCUAAUUGAUUACUAAGGUGUAUUUCUUCUGUCGUCAGGCCUAACGAUGGCCAACUUUGGAGGACAUGCCAUUCCGGGAUCUUUUUUCCUGUUCCUUGGCUUUUGGCUAGCAAUGAAACACACUCUCCAACACUACUGGAGGACAAGUCAGCCUAAAGGAAGACAGAUUAUGUCGCCUUUCUUUAAAAGAAUUGACUACUUGGAGGGAGGAUUUCUAAUCUUUGGAGCAUUUGUUGGUAUUAUGGUUGAACAGUUUGUGGUGGAUGGCCCACAUGCCCACCUCUACGACACAGAGAGCGAAUCAUGGGUCAAGCUGAUGAACUGGCAGCACGGCACAAUGUAUUUGUUCUUCGGGAUCUCUGGAAUAGCACUGGUUGCCAGUGCGGCGUCCAAACUGGUGCCAGCUGGUGUCGACCGUCUUGCUCUCUCCUUGGCUCUUUUUGUUGAAGGGUUUUUGUUCUACUACCACUUGCACAGUCGGCCCCCUCUGGACGCUCACAUCCAUUCCCUGCUGCUCGUGCCUGUGUUUGCUGGAUCGGCCAGCACCAUGUUGGAGGUGUUCAUAAGAGACAACGUUAUUUUGGAGCUGUUCAGGGCAUGCCUGUUCAUCCUGCAGGGCUCAUGGUUCUACCAGAUUGGAUUUGUACUUUACCCAUUAAGUGGACCGGAGUGGGACUUGAAACUGCACGACAACAUCAUGUUCAUCACAAUGUGCUUCUGCUGGCACUUAGCUGUGGCGCUGCUUUUAGUCGCCUGCACCUCCUCUGUCGUUUGGUUCACAGUGAAGCGAUUCUCAGGAAGGGGAAAGGACAUAGAGAUUGGAAUGCGAAAUACAUCCUCCAAAGCAAGCUCCCAGAAAGCUUUGCUUGAAGAGUCGGAUGAAGAGUGA